AUGGCUGAAAAACAAGUUGCUGAAAUAACUGGUAUUGAUAUUAAAACAGCAAAGCAAUAUUUGGAAAUGACGAAUGGAGAUGCCAAUAGAGCUGUUGAUUUAAUCUUUUCUGGUGCAGAAGUUAGAAAAACACCAAGAAUUAUUAAACCUAAAACUCCAAGACCGAAUAAUGCUGCUCCUUCUAGAACAUCAGUUGCUCCAAAGUCAAUUCAGCCUCUGAAAACGUCAAAUGAAAUAAUUAAUGAUAUAUUUACCGAAAUGAGUCAAAAAGAACUUCAGAAAAAUAGUAUUGGUGAUCAGUCAAAAGGAAAACAUUCAAUUACAUUCUAUAAAAAUGGUUUUAUUGUAGAUGAUGGAGAAUUCCGCGAAAAUUCUGAUCCUAAGAAUGCUGAUUUCUUAUCAUCAGUCAAUAAAGCUCAAAUACCAGAAGAAUUACGUGAUAAAUGUCGUCCAUCAGAUUUAGAUGUAAUAGAUAAGCGAGAAGAAGAGUACAUCAAGCCUAAAACACAGCCUAAUGUGUUUAUUGGUCAAUCUAAAAGCAUUGGAGGCGAUACAAACAAACGUCCAACAACUGCAUCAAAUCAAAAUUCAUCUCGAGCUCCAAAUACAUUCAAAGACUUUGCAAACCCGAACUUACCAUCAACAAAGAUCAGAUUACAACUCGAAGACAGUUCUAUCUUAUCUUUAUCCAUCAAUUUAUCAACAACCAUCAGAGAAUUGAAAAAAUAUAUAUCCCAAUGUCGACCAGAGUACAUUCAAAAUAAAAUUAAACUUGUUUUGAAUGUCCCUCAUAGAGAAAUUACAAAUGAUGCAGGAACAAUCGAGAGUGAAGGCCUCAAAAUGUCUCAGAUUCAAGUUAGCUCCAUUUAA